UUGCCUUCGAAUCUUUGACAUGGCGGAGCUCAGCCCCAACUGCAAGGCCUCCACGCAGGAUGCUGAAGUUUCGGGAGAGAGGGGCGGUGUAAUUGCACAGUCUUGUAGUUUAGGCGAAGGUUUUGAGGUUGAGAAGGAGGAGGUGAAGGAAAAUGCAUUGGAAGAUGAGGAAGGAGAAUUGCGGAGGCUUUUAAUGCCUAAUGUGGGGGAAUUGCCCAGCACUCCUCCAUCUGCUGUGGAGUCCAAUUUCUUAACGUUUUUCGUGACAGAUUUUAUGAAGCCUGGACAUGAUCAAUACGUUCGUCGUCACGCCAAUGGGCUGUGUGUAAUUGGUUUGGCUCCUUCUCAUGUGGCAUUUAAGGACAAAGGGGGAAUAACUUCGGUAGAUUUCAAUGUUGGGAAGUCAGAUAGAAGUGCAAUUAAAGUGACUGGAAAGCGCAAAAAGAAUGCACAAAAUUUCGAAUCCAACACAGCGUUGUGCAAAGUGUGCACCAAAGAUUGUUUUUACAUAGUGAGGUGCUGUAUAAAAGGCUCUCUAUUGGAAGUCAAUGAAAGGUUAAUUGAAAAACCAGAGUUACUCAAUUCAGUGCCGGGCAGUGAGGGAUACGUCGCAAUCAUCAUGCCUAAACCCGGUGACUGGCUCAAGGCAAAGGAUUCGUUGCUAAGCUUUGAAGAGUACAAAAAGCUGAGAACAGAGCUAUGAGUCAUGUCUAGAGGUAUUCGUGUGUAUUUAUGUUCACGUCGCCUAAUUUUGGUCGGAAAACAUGUGUUAAUUAUUUAAAGGAUAUAUCUUUCUCUCUAAAUCGACUGCAUUGCCAUAGUUGUGAGUCGUCUGAAGAAACAUUUUAAGCUAUACAUGAAAUAUUUUGAGUUAUUA